CCCCGGCUCCCGUAAGUGACAAAUCCCAGCCCCGCCCCUCAGGACAAAGGCGCGCGCGCGCGCCUCCUUUGCCCGCGUCUCCUCGACCCGAGUUGAACACCGACUCCGGCACAGGGACUCCCCCCCACACCCUUCCCCGGUGAGGUCUUCCACUCCACAACUUCACCUCCGUGACUUGACUGAAACCCAACGCGCCUCAUGGCUUCCAAAGUGGCAAUGUCGAAUCCGCACGAGGACUUCCCGGCAUGGCUCGCCUCGCAGGGCAUGAAGCUCAAGUUCGCCGAGGCAAUGGAGCGCGACCUGGGCAUCACCGACUACGAGGAGCUUCUGGCGUGCGCAGAGGAUGCACAGGUGACGGCCGAGCUGUUCCGCUUUGCUCGCGAGAAGCUGCCGUUCGCGCACUACGCCGUGCUGCGACGCAUUGUGUCCGGCGUGGUGAUGACGGCGCGUGGCGCCGGCAAACGGCCGCGCCGCGGUCGUAUCGGCGGCCAGGGGCAGUUCUCGCCGCAGUCGGCGAUCGCCGUGGUGCUCGAGGCCAUCGUGGCGACGCUCAACAGCCUGAGCCAGGAGCUGCUUGAAUCGGCCAAGAGAUUCACCUUCCUGGAUCCGGCGAACCAUGGAGGUCUCCUGAACGACGACGACGAUGACGACGAUGAUGAUGGUCCGGUGGACGGUGACGAGGUGUACCUGCCUGACGAUGAAGAUGAGGGGACGGCGAUGGCGGGGGCAGAGUGGGACGAGGAGAAUGCGUGGACGGACGGGAGCCCGACCACAGAUGCUGCCACCGCUGCACUGGGGGUGGAGUCUCGCGCCGUUGCCGCUCGCGCCGCCCGUGACCCCGGCGGACAGCAAGCGACGGGGAUGUCGUGGCGACGCAUCAAGACUGAGGCCGCGUGGAAAGAAGAGGCGGAGGCAGAGGCCGGCAGUCCCAUGGUGGACGACGCCGCUGCCGUCGCGACCGCCACCGACGACGACCCUGAUGCCGCCGACAUGGCCGGCUGCAGCAGCAGUGGCUACCGCUUCCUGCCGAGGAGGGUCAAGAGCGAAGCCUUCCCAGGCGAAGACGACGAGCAAGGCGUGUCGGACGACGGUUACCACUGGGGCGGGGGUGCCCAGCCCGGGCUCGCCAUGCCACAGCCGAACGCAGACGGCCAUGGCCCCCGCCGCGCCACCUCCUUCGCCGACAACUCGGCCUCGUCGCGCCGCCGCCGCCAGCAGUCGCGACCCGCCCACCGCGGCGGGAAAACGGACAAGAGCAAAAUGCUGGAGGAACUCAUCAUGGCAGUGAAGGGCGGUGGCUCGUCGCAGCAACAGCAGCAGCAACAGCAGCAUCAGCAGCAGCAGCACAGCCCGAGCCAGGCGGCGGGCGGCGACGGCGACGAGGUGGUGGGCGUGUGGUGGAAGCCGUCGGCCGACAAGCCGUACCACUGCCAGGACUGCGGCAAGACGUUUACGCAGAGCGCGCAGCUCAACAUGCACCGGCGCAUCCACACGGGUGAGCGGCCGUACAAGUGCGGCUUCUGCGGCAAGGCGUUCACGCAGUCGGCACAUCUGGCGCAGCACCGGCGCACGCACACGGGCGAGCGGCCGUACAAGUGCGGCGAGUGCGGCCGCGCCUUCAUCACCUCGUCGCACCUCUCGCGGCACCGCAAGGUGCACAUCGCCGCCUUGGACCUCGCCGGCGUGCCGGCGCCGGCCAACGAUGACACGCUUUGAGCCGGCGGGGGGGGGGCGCUUCUCGGAGUUUGCAGCGCGAGCAAAUGGAGCCGUCCUCGGCGCGUGUUUGUUGUGGGCGAGCGGGCGGGCGGGCGGGCGGGCAAGUAAGAGGGGGGGGAAUGUGAGUUGUUCCGCUUGAGCUGGUGCUGCUGGGAGACGGGAGAUGUUUUAACCCUGUGUCUUUUGUGGUCAGGCGUGUAAUGAUUCCUGGAUUUGAAACAUUAUUGUUAACCGCGAGCAAGCACGUGCGUUGUUUUACUGUUGGCACGCUCGUUUUAUGCGACGCCUUGGGGAGGGCCCUUAUCCAGCAGCAGAUUGAUUUUAGGGCUGCACCAGAGGGUGGAGGGGUGGGGAUGGGGAAAGCCCGACUACCCCCCACCCACCCGUCAAUAUAAUUAUUAAAUGAUUAAUUUCCUACCAUCCUGUGCCCGGCACAGGAUGGUAUAUAUAUAUUCUACCAUCCUCGCACCCUACGUAGCCCACCAUGCUAAUCAGAGUUGGGAGUGUGUUGGCGACUACCUGUGGAAAUUUGGCUCAAUGUAAGUACAAAGCCUUGCGCGUUACUGCUUGGAUAAGCCCCGUGUCAACUGCUAGGAUAUUUAAAAACAUGAGACAGAAUGAGAUUAUACAAACGGCGAGACUCUCCGGCAGAUCGAAUAUGCCACGGAAUUGGCCCAGGGGACAAUUCGUUUUUAUAGUGACGUGGGUUCGUUCCGUGCCGAUGAAGCUCCACGUCUGUAGGCCCUCCCCCCGGGGUUGGUGGUGGUUGUGAGAUUCCCAACCGGGGGAGGUUGAGGUGGCCAGUAGCUGGCAGUGCGGGAAGCAGGUUGCUGAUGAGUCUUGUCUGUUUGAGAGGGGGGUUUUCUCCAGGUACUCCAGUUUGGGUGGGUGUAUGUCUCAUCGGUAUAUAAGUAGGUAAUGGGAUGGUUUAACUACUCGGUAAAGUGAUACUGAAUCCAUGGGGGUUAUGGGCUUUUGAACUGGGAAUCAUUUAUCUGAUGACUGAUUGGCCGAUGGAUUCCGUUCUUUUGGCGACUAUUCAAUCCACUUACCUACUACUGUACUUUGUUAUCGUUUGCUGGAAUUGUAAAAACAAAUAUGUUAUCUUUUUAUUUUCUGUAUCGUUAUAAUAGAAGAAUGUGUACCCUAUGUGAAAAUAUUUGUAAUUGUAUACCUUUUAGUUGUACGAGGGAUUUAAUUCAGUUAAUUUUUUUUUUUUACGAAUCGUGGGGUGGGGUUGGGGGUCUGAGAACCAUGGCGCCCAGGGUCUUGCCAGAUCGCGAAAUCAUAAUGCCUAUGUCAAAGUCCGUUUUUGAACUUUCAGACUGAUCCACAAAUGUAUUCGCUACACUUAAACGUCUUGCUGGGGGUCACAACACACGUCCCGAAGCAAAUGAAAUGCUUUUUACUGUUUCACGGUAUAUUUUGUUAUGACCAUCACGUUGACUGUAUUUGGUGUGUACAGUUGCACUGUUGUAAUGAAAGCUUAAUCUAUCGUAACUUAAGCACGUUGGGAAACUCCACAAAUCGGAGUAUCCUCAACACAACCCUACGUGGAUUUAUAUCGCGGCCCCCCGUGUGAACGGGGAGGGGCUUGCGGGGACCGCUAAAAUUUGAGAGAGGAAAAAAUAUUAAUGAAAAUCGCACCCCCGAAAGCUCGAGACUUAAGCGGUCAAAGCCGUGCUGUGACCUGCCGUUAGCUGCCGCUCCACGCCGCGCAGAAUAGUCGUGUGUCCGGCAGGCCCAGUUUAGUACUGUGCUGUAAAAAAAGUCCCUAACUGCACCUGCUCCACCACCACCACCACCUCCAGGACAAUGUUAUAUAAGAAUAACAGGGUAUGCCAUGGCAUACCUCUGAAUUAUGCCUGUAUUUCAGUGGCGUGCUGUAUUCUUGUAACAUAAUCGUUUUUAUUUGAUUAACUGACUACAUUGCAUACCCCAAUUCUACAGUAUGAAUGGUUCACAGCAGUGUGGUGUCUUUUGAGUGAUGAACCAAAUGCUACACUGCACCUGUUCUUAGCAUUGCCGUAUGCUGCCUCCAGCUGCGAGUCCAUUGCCUUCUGGCUCCCCUCGCCUCCAAAAAAGGGCCUUGGCACAAACACACACUCUGCCGGGGUGUGUGAAUAUUUUCUUGGCCACUGCAAAUGAUGAUGGUGCCGAGUUUUUGUGCGACCCUGAUUAACGUGCUUUUGAAGCCUUUAAGGAACGGUGGCCGGGGAUGGGGACUGGACAGUGGAACGGAAGAAUAGAGCCGAAGAUUGGACAGGGUGGGGGGGGGUGCAGGGGGGGGGGUUGAGCUGAGAAUUUGUCGUCGGGCAGAGAACGAAAGAAGAGGAGCUAAUUAAGAUGCCUGAAAUUAAACUGACUAGAGAAGCCACGUGGAUUCGAAGACAUUCGCGGGUUUAGAAACAUUGUUGACCUACGAAGAGUAAGUUGAAUUGGGCAUGAUGCAUGGCUGGAGAAGAGGUGGACCACUGGUCAAGAACUAUAGAUGUCAGUGCAUUGCCCUCUGCUGCCCUCACAACAUUGCCAUGCAGCAAGCACCCUCUUGGAGCUCAUUGCGCGGUGGGUUGCCCUUCCAAGCGCCAUGCAGGCUGCUCUGCGUCUCUUCACUUCAGAGAGGUCCUCGUGGAGAUGGGGGACGCGUUCUGGGUGAUAUGGUCAUGUGCUGUGACACUUGACGACUACGGACAUGGUUAAUUGUGAAAUUCAGGAGAGCAGAACUUGGUUUUAAAAUGGGACAUUGGGCUUGUGGCUUGAAAUGGGAAAGACAAAGGUUGAGAUCUUGAGGUGCGUCCUUACAGGCAGUUUCGGGGAUGUCACACACCGGGGCUUCCUGCGUUGUCGGUGAAGGUGAUCAACGCUGGAAUGGACUUGUCGGACCGUUUUUGUUACCGAAACGCAACAGCCACAGCAGUGUCAAUGCAGCCCGAUUUAACUAUCCCGUUAACAAAAAUAUAUAUUUUCCAGAUAAUAGCAGGUCUAAAUAUUACGUGAUUUGUUACGGUUAACGACUGCCAAAGGUUCAUUGCUUCGGCUCACCGGUCAAGUUUGUGGUGACACAAUGUAAUCGGUAGUUAAGUCUUGUGUGCAUGCUGCUGCGUGAGGAAGCUUUUCAAACGCAACGUUUUCAUUGACGUCUAACUACCAAACGGUGUAUUUAAUAAAGUAGAUGAUUAAACGAUUAAUUUGCUUAAUUCACAAUAAAGGCAGAGGUUUUGUAUUUAAUCAUGUAAGUCAUGGACAUACGGUUCUACGGUGAUCUGUAUUUUGAAGGCUUUGUUGAUAAUAAAUGAUUGCAAACAUUUGCGA